AUGGUCGCCACUAAAUUACCGCACGGCGGUGUGUACCUGACGAGGCUGUUCCACGAGCGGGACGUCUUCGGCGUCCCCUUCGUCGUCGCCGCUUGCUCGUUGCCGGUACGCUGCUGUCGGUAUGAUGAAUCGAUAGCUAAUCAACCAUGCGCGAUCGAUUUAACGAUCGAUUCCCUCGUCGCAGAUUCGCGAAGACGUGCGUCAAGUUCGAAAGUUCGAAGAAAAAGUCCUGGAACUCCCGGCGGAUGGGCGGAGGGCGCGGCGGACAACCUGAAAGAGGAUCCGAAAGCGCAUGCCGGCCUCUUGGCUGUAACGCUAGAAUGUCCUCGUGCACUAACGUCCUCUGAAGAAGUGGAUCAAAAUUACGUAGCAAAAUCCAGUUUUCUGCACAAUUUGUGCGACGUGAUUGGUCGACGUUUGACAAGCUGCAUCACGCGUCCACGUGAUCUACGAGUGCUCGUCAGUGGUGUUUCCGACUACACGACUCUCGUAAUCCGUGGCGCGAGACGUCUUUCAUCAUGGCACACGUCAGCACAGUGCGCCCUCUGCUCCCCUUCUUCGUGUAUUUGUAUAUGUGUGAUGUGGAGAGCUGGUCGGCUCGACGAGGAGUGCGUUUAGACUAAAUUCGCGGGGCGUGC